ACACCCAUCAUCUUCCUCCGAGUUCUCGAUUCCAUCAUUUUACAGGAAAAUUACUGAAUCACAGGGUUCUGCUGUAGGCGAUUGUCAUUCAAUCUAAGCCCAGCUAUGGAUUCGUUCUCGGGCAGAAGUCAAUCUCUACUCCUAAAUCUUACGCUACAAAAAUCGCAGACUUAGCUUUCUAUUCGCCUACAAACAUCAACAUGGUGCUGUCGCUGAGGCCAUUCAUUGCCCGUAGAUCAUUCGCAAGAUCAUUCCUUGCUUCCGCAAACAUUUUCUCUUCAGAAGAAGGAUCAAACGGCUCAAUCUCACACGAAUCCGAGCAAUUCAACAUGCCAGAAAUCAACUCACAGCUCAAACUACUUACAAAAUCUGGAGAGUUGAAAAGUGCCCGCAACCUGUUCGACACAUUGCCUCAAAGAGAUGAAGUGACUUGGACGAUCAUGAUUUCAGGCUAUGUUAAUGCCUCCAACCUAUCCGAAGCUCUCUCUCUCUUCUCGAAAAUGUCGGCGCAGCCGACCAUCCGAGUCGAUCCCUUCGCGCUCAGCCUCGCUCUCAAGGCAUGCGGCUUGAACUCCGACGUGAAUUAUGGCGAAACAUUGCACGCUUACUCGACGAAAGUCGGUCUCAUUACCUCCGUUUUUGUCGGGAGCGCCUUACUCGAUAUGUACAUGAAGAAUAGCCGAGUUUUCGACGGCUGUAGAGUCUUCGACGAGAUGCCAUUGAAAAACGAAGUGUCGUGGACAGCCAUAAUCACGGGACUCGUCCGCACGGGUCUUAGUUCGCACGGAAUGUCGUAUUUCGCUCAAAUGUGGAGCGACGGGGUGGAGUAUGAUGCGUAUACGUUCGCGAUCGCGUUGAAAGCAUGCGCUGAUUUAGAGCGUCUUAAUCACGGGAGGGCGAUCCACGCUCGGACGAUGAAGAAGGGCGUGGACACAACCUCGUACGUGUGCAAUAGCCUCGCCGCGAUGUAUAACAAGUGCGGGAAGCUUUCUUAUGGCAUGCGCCUGUUUAACGACAUGAGCGCGCCCGACGUGGUCUCUUGGACGUCUGUAAUAACCACGUUUGUUCAGACGGGGCGGGAGGAAGAGGCGAUCGAUUCUUUUUUGAAGAUGCGGGCGCGUCAUGUAGCUCCUAACGAGUACACUUACGCCGCCGUGAUUUCGGGCGUCGCAAAUAUGACGAGGCUCGACUGGGGGCAGCAAUUGCAUACCGUUGCUCUUCGAGUAGGUCUCGCGCAUUCGUUAUCCGUCGCGAACUCGCUGAUGACGAUGUAUUCGAAAUGCGGAUGCUCGACUUUCGCCUCGAUUGUUUUUCACGAAAUGUCGAGAAGAGAUGUGAUUUCUUGGAGUACUCUGAUUGCGGGUUAUUCGCAAGGAGGGUGUGGAGAGGAAGCUUUCGAGCUUUUUUCGUCAAUGAGAAGGGAAGGACCCGAGCCAAACGAAUUCACCGUAUCGAGCGUUUUGAGCGCCUGCGGGAGUAUGGCGAUACUCGAUCAGGGAAGACAGCUUCACGCGUACGCUUUGAUCGUAGGUUUAGAUCGAACGGCGAUGACACAAAGUUCCUUGAUAAACCUGUACUCGAAAUGCGGGAGCAUAGUCGACGCAGCGAAGAUAUUUCAUACCUUGGAGGCCAACGAUAUCGUGUCGUGGACAGCGAUGAUUAACGGAUACGCCGAGCAUGGAUACAGCCGAGAAGCGAUCGAUCUUUUCGAACGAAUCCGCGAAGUUGGAUUGACGCCAGACUCUGUCACGUUCAUCGGCGUUCUCAGUGCUUGUAGCCAUGUCGGUCUUAUAGACCUCGGAUUCCGUUACUUCGACUCGAUGAGUAAAGAGCACAGAAUCGAUCCUUCGAAAGAACACUACGGCUGCAUGAUCGAUCUUCUCUGUCGAGGCGGGCGUUUACGCGAAGCUCUGAGGAUGACGGAGAGCAUGCCGUUUGGGAAAGACGACGUCGUCUGGUCUAUUCUGCUACGAGCCAGCAGAGAACACGGCGACAUUGAGUGUGGAAGGAUUGCAGCAGAGCAGGUGCUUAAACUGGAUCCAGACUGUGCAGGAACACAUAUAACAAUGGCGAAUAUAUAUGCGUCGAAAGGGAAAUGGAAAGAAGCGGCAGAAAUGCGAAGAAUGAUGAAAGCGAAAGGCGUCGUGAAAGAACCUGGAUGGUCUUGGACAAAGGUUAAGGGCUGCAUUUCUGCAUUCGUUGCCGGCGACAAAUCCCACCCGAAGAUCGAUGAAAUCUACGCCCUUUUGGAGCUAAUAUCCUGUAAAGAAGUCACUGUACAAGAUCUUGAUUCAAUCCUAAACAUUUCAGAAGAAUAAUACACAGAGAUUAUGGCUUUUGGUUAUUCAGAUUUCUUGAUAACAUAUAUAGAAAAGAGCAUGGU